AUGACCACGACGACAUGUCCGCGACGAAAAGACCUGCGACGAAUUGACCGGGCACCAGAAAAUGUUCGGAAUCAUGAUUCAAAUAACGAUGAACUAGAUCCAUCAAAAGGACGUGAAUUAUAUCGGCCAGAAUUACCGCGUGAAAAUCGCCAAACGUUUCCAUAUGAUGAACCAGAUUCUAGUGCGAAUAAUUAUUAUAGUCAGAAAGCAUCUUUACCGGAUAUUCCAAGUCUUUUACUAAAUCCACCAGAAUUAAUAGAUAUGUAUAACAUAAAUGACGCAAAUCAUAUAUUUAUGAUUAAACCAUAUAACUAUGUUGAAGAGAAUAGAGAUAUUCGGCCAGUACCAGUAAAUGCUAACGGUUUUUAUAAGGAUAUAUGGGAUGAAAAUCACGUUGAAAUGCCAUGUUCGCAAUAUAAUUCAAAAGAUGAUGAUCAAACAGGUAGAUGGCCAUAUAUUUCAAAACAAUUAACAGAAUUAAAAAAGUUAUGUGAAGAAAAAACGAUUACCAUCGGUGACAUUGAAGUAAUGCCAUAA